UCCGCGGAAUUGGGCUACUUUAACACUGUUGUUUUGAAUGCCCGCGGUCUGAAGCGACCUUAAUAACGUGAUAUUUAGCCCCUGUAGUGCAACAAGUGCCAAGGGGAACAUCGCUCAAAAAAGUAGCCUAUUUUACCCAACGGAACGCGAUUUUCACAGGAGGAAUCACCACGGAAACGCGACUGGGCUAGUUUUGAAGAGAAACUGGGAGGGUUUUGUUCUAAAAACCUGGCAACCCUGCACUUAAGCUAAGGAGAGCGGCGGCGAGCACCAGCCUUCACUGACGAAGAUGUCGUUACAGUAAACCGCAAUCAAAAAUCGAGGGAAAAAAUAUAUAAAUGCGGAAUUAAUUUGAAUUAGCUUUUUUCUCGAGUAUUUUGCGUAUUUUUAUGGUUGUGAGUGAGGAUAAUCUCUUUUGUCCGCUGAUGUUUGAUUUAGAGGGCGUUUUUUUUAGAGAGAGCUCGCGAGUGAGUGAGGGAGCGCGCGAGCACGAGGGGGCGGGAGUCUCUCGCGCAGCCAACAUUCAGCUUCAGACGCUCGUGAAAUUACCACACGGACGGUUUACUUCCACAUUUAUCGCUUAUUUUCGGGAUUUUCUAGAGAAACAACACCGUACUCGAUGCGUGGCCUUCUAACGGACAUUUGUCGCUGAUAUUACGCCCGCUCUUUCUGUUUUUGUUGUUUUUUUCCCCUCAGCGGAGCGAUCGUGUGUUCGUCGGGAUUCGUUAUGAAUUCCAGCCCGCUUCCUAACGGCAGACUCGUGCCGGACAGCCAGAGCUGGAACUCCUCCGGUUCCGACGAGGAUCUGGACGUCGAACCGGGACCAGGGCCGCACGGAGGGGUGUUGGAAUUCGGCGGGGUGCUCAGUAAGUGGACUAACUACAUUCACGGAUGGCAGGACCGCUGGGUCGUUCUGAAGAACAACACCUUGAGUUACUACAAAUCCCAGGACGAGCGCGAGUACGGCUGUCGCGGUUCCCUGUGUCUCAGCAAGGCUGUCAUCACACCUCAUGAGUUUGACGAGUGCCGGAUGGACAUCAGCGUCAAUGAUAGCGUGUGGUAUCUACGUGCUCAGGACCCAGAACACCGCAACCAGUGGAUCGAUUCCAUCGAGCAACACCGGGCUGAGUCUGGUUAUGGCUCUGAGUCCAGUUUGAGGAGACACGGCUCCAUGCUGUCCCUCACAUCAGCCACCAGCGGAUACUCGGCCACCUCCACCUCCUCCUUUAAGAAGGGUCACAGUCUGCGAGAGAAGCUGGCGGAGAUGGAGACGUUUCGGGACAUCCUGUGCAGGCAGGUGGACACGCUGCAGAAAUACUUCGACGGCUGCUCUGACGCCGUGACCAGAGACGAGCUCCAGAGAGACAAGAUCAUAGAGGAUGAUGAAGACGGUUUCCCUAACACUCGCUCCGAUGGAGAUUUCCUGCAUAACAACAACGGCAGCAAGGAGAAAUUAUUCCAGUGUUUGAGUCAUAAAGGCAUUAAUGGGAUAGAUUUUAAAGGAGAGGCCAUCACGUUCAAGGCAACCACGGCGGGAAUCUUGGCUACACUUUCCCACUGCAUCGACCUGAUGGUGAAGAGAGAAGACAGCUGGCAGAAGAGACUGGAUAAGGAGAUGGAGAAGAGGAGGAGGGUGGAGGAGGCGUAUAAAUCAGCCCUGUCCGAGCUGAAGAAGAAGUCUCACUUUGGAGGGCCCGAUUACGAGGAGGGUCCAAACAGCCUGAUCAAUGAAGACGAGUUCUUCGACGCCGUGGAGGCCGCUCUGGACAGACACGACAAAAUAGAAGAACAGAUUCCAGAUUUUCAAAUAGUUGUAUCUCAGCCAAAUAUUGUCCUCCUAACAAACCAGACAUCAAUGUCUCAGUGUGAGAAGAGCAGGAUACAGAGGAGCAGUUCAGUGCCUUCAGGAGACGUCUUCUCCAGCGUGGGCUCUCACCGAUUCGCUGAGAAGCCCCCCUCUCGUCCUUCCUCUCCCUCAUCUUCUGCUGUAGCCUUCCUCCCUUCUCUCCAUGAGCACAGAUUCAGUGCUGAGGUGCAGGAGAUGGUUCAGAAUCACAUGACCUACUCGCUGCAGGACGUGGGUGGAGACGCUAACUGGCAGCUGGUGGUGGAGGAGGGAGAGAUGAAGGUGUACCGGCGCGAGGUGGAGGAGAACGGGAUCGUGCUGGACCCGCUGAAGGCCACACACUCUGUCAAAGGGGUCACAGGUCACGAGGUCUGCCACUACUUCUGGGACACGGAUGUCCGAAACGAUUGGGAGACUACUGUUGAAAACUUCAACAUUGUGGAGACGCUGUCUGAUAACGCCGUCAUCAUCUACCAGACUCAUAAGAGAGUGUGGCCAGCGUCCCAGAGAGACGUCUUGUACCUGUCUGCCAUUCGUAAGAUCGUGGCCAAUAACGAGAACGAUCCAGACACAUGGCUCGUCUGUAACUUCUCAGUCGAGCACGAGAAUGCCCAGCCUAACAACAGAUGUGUUCGUGCUAAAAUCAACGUAGCAAUGAUCUGCCAGACCCUGGUCAGUCCACCAGAGGGAGACAAAGAGAUCAGCAGAGACAACAUCCUGUGCAAAAUCACAUACGUGGCCAACGUGAAUCCUGGCGGCUGGGCUCCUGCGUCUGUCCUAAGGGCCGUCGCAAAAAGAGAAUAUCCCAAAUUCCUCAAGCGCUUCACGUCCUACGUCCAGGAGAAGACAUCCGGGAAGCCCAUCCUCUUCUGAGCACCAGUCCCCAUUUCUGCUGUGUGUGUGUACGAGCGCCUCUGGUUCCUGCACACUCCUCCAGAGACACAGAAGACUCAUGCGUCCCUCCUCAGACUGCUCUCAAUCCACAGGAAGUCCAGCGAUAGACGCUUGAUGCUGUUCUGUAGCUCCACACUAGCUCACACAGACCGAGGACGAGAGAAACCUAACUUCAGAGUCUGUCCCAUGUCUUCUGGCUGAUAUGAAUCUAUAUGUAUGUAUGUAAGUAAAUGAGAUAGCAAGUUUAUAUAUAUAACAGAGCGUUUUGAAGCUGAACACACGAGACUCGCUCUGUUAUUUUCCUGUUUGAACACAUUUCAGCUUUGCUUUCGUCCUCGUAUAACGGCUGCUUGGGGAAAUCAAAGGCGUGUUUGUGAGUGAACUCUAUCUCGAUGUUGACCGUCUCUUUUAUGAAGCGCAGCAUCUGCGGCUGACGAGGAGACGCUUCUUUUAUUUGGAGAUUUAAUUAAAUCUGUGUCUCAGCAGCACAAUUCCAGAUCGAUCGUAACCGGAAGACAUUUUUAAUGUCAGAUGAGCAUUGCGUGCAGAUUAUUUGUAUAUAAUUUUAUUAUUGCUUCAGAUCGUCAGUCGAUGUUUUUACCUGACUAAUUUAACUCUGUAUGCCUUAGUGUGUGUGUGUGUGUGUGUGUGAGACAGAGGUGUGUACAGACUCAAACGUUUCUAGAAAAGUGCCUCAUUAUUGAUCUUGCUGAUCGUACCGCCCAAACCACCCUGACGUCCUUUAGUGUUUCUACAAAGAUCAUUUCAUAUUGAUUUCUUACCUCAUAUCAGAAUGUUGUCAGAAAAGAGGCUUCUAAUUGGAAGAGCCUUGACGUCAAUCAAAUUCUCUGUCCAAUAGGGAUAAGCGGUUUCAAUUUGGGGCGUAGCUCAUGUAUAUUUGUAGAUCAGGUAGAAUUAGUUACAUUUAUUUAUUUUUUUCUUGAUUGAGUUAAUUCUACCAAAUUGAAAUUUUAAAUCCCGAGCAUUAGUAAACAAUCUUAAAAGGCUAAGCUGGUUAAAUAUUAAGUUCUUGGUAUUUUUGUUUUGUUUUCCAGUAAAGAUAAUGUACAGAUUCUUAAAUCAAGAUACAAGUAAUUAAGCAUCAAUUCACUUAGUUUUUAUGCAUUUACAGGAAAAUGUUUUCAGACAUUUUACAUCUACAGUUAAUAUGACUUAAGAUAUUAAGUCUGAAAAAAUUAUAAUAUUACAAUUAUUUUGCUUAUAUAAAAAAAAAAUGUCAUUAGGGUAAAAAAAUAACUGCCCACUCUUUCUUGUUUUCAAGCAUAAUUUCACUUAAUUUUGAUCCAUUUUUUAGAAAAGGUAUGCCAUUUUGCAUCUACAGUAUAUAAUUAGUUGGGUUAUGCUUAAAUCAAGAAUGCAUAAAUCUGUCAAUGGGUUAAAAAUAUAUAUUUUAUAAUUUUAAAAUUAUAUAUAUAUAUAUAUAUAUAUA